UCUGGUUCUUGUUUUGUUGUUGGUAGCCAAGAUCGUCUUAUUGUUUGGGGUGGUUACAGUAAAACUGUAAUAAAAAAGGGAGUGGAUAAAGGAACCACCCAUACUGACAUGUUUGCAUUAUGUGCUGAUAAACAUAGUACUAAUGCAAAUGCUUACAAAUGGGUAUCAAUUAAACCUGGAGGCAUACGUCCCGGUCCUAGAAGUGGUAUGUCCGCUUGUACUAGUGCUACUGGUAACUUGCGAGCCUACAUAUUUGGUGGUGUUACUGAUGUUGAGGAAACAGAAGAUGAAUUGCAAGGCUCCUUUAAUGAUGAUUUACUUCAUCUGGAUCUUGAGAAUAUUUUUUGGAAUAAAGUGCAACUAAGUGGUAACAAAGAGAUUAAAAAUCUGAAAGUUUGGAAAAUACUCAGGCUCCGCAACAAGACACAAAUUUGGACAACAUUGAGACUGCAGUACAACAAACAACUGUUUCCACCGAUGGCGUAUUCAAAAUGGUUAUUGGAGGAAGUGUGUCAAGCACAAGUAGUUCUGUUACUAAAAGCACUGUGGAAGUACGAGAUGAAAAUUGGCCUAGAGCAAGAAUGAAUGCUGGUUUAGUGAUAUGCAGAGGACAAUUAUAUCUUUAUGGAGGACUAUUUGAGAUAGGUUCCAAACAAAUAACUUUAUCUGAUUUAUAUUCUUUAGAUAUUCGUAAAAUGGACAAAUGGAAAGUUUUAAUUCCUUGUGAUAUUUCAAAAUCUGAAUGGUUUGGGUCUGAUUCAGAAUCGAGCA